UAGAUCCGAAAGCUGCAGACGCGUGUUCGUCGUCGCACAUGCGACCCCAGCACCGCUCCGGUGACACGCUUCCAUGUCAGUGAAGUCUUUGUUUGACACCGCCUGAGCAGAGGAGUUGUGCUGGCGCGACAUGGAGAAGCAGAAGAAACGUUCCAACCAGUACGGAGCUGUGGGGAAGACGCUGGAGGACACGGACACAUCAGAAGACGUCAUUUCGAUGGCUGACUCAUCCAUCACCGUGGACGACAUCGAAGGCGAGCUGGUCAAAAUAGAGCGGAUACGAGACGUCCUGGUGCGGCGGGAGUCUGAGCUCAGAUACAUGAUGGACGACAUCCAGCUGUGUAAAGAAAUCACUCACCUGAAGAAGGAGCUGCAGGCGCUCAUCUCCACUCCAGACGCCGAGAAGUCCAAGGAGCAUCGAGACAGAGAAGAGGAGUUGCUGCAGCAGAUCAACAAACUGGUGGAGACCAGAGACUUCCUGGUGGAGGACGUCGAGUUCGAGAGGCUCAGAGAGCGCGAGGAAGACAGAGAAAUGGCUUCGUUUCUCCAAUCCAGGAUGUCUGGAGCGACGAAAGGUCAGUGAAGGAGCGCGCCAUCGCCACCAGGUGGCGCCAAAAACUCAGCGGACGCCGUUCAUUGCCAAAACCGGACUGACGCUGCUGAAAGACUGCUGCGGCUUCACUUGCUCUGUCAUGUAACACUGAUUUCCAUGUCACUGGAAGGAGUUGAAGCUUCAACACAACAGAAAGGGUUUCUGUCAUGAUAUUGUAGGGUGUCAAACUGAGGGCUCACUGCUCGAACACAGGUCGGAGGAGAACAUCUUGUGGCCCUGGACUCGACUGAGAUCUUGUUUUGUUUCUUCUGGGUGUGCAGUGUUCAUCACCCAGCCUAAAUGGUCGCACAUAUCUGAGACACUUGGCCCGCCUCCUGUGGCCCCUAGGGAGCGGUGCAGAUCCAGAAACAGGUUCACAUGUCUGACAGAAGUGUAUUUAAGCUUUUGAAAUAAGUGAGGUAGAUAUUCUUAACAAGGUUACUGUGCUGCACUGUGACUCAUGAUGACUAUGUGAAUCAACAAAUCCUUUUUCCUUCGGUUUACCCCCAAAUUCCGUCACCUUUGUGGUUACCCAUUAGACAUUUCUGGAUGUUGAUCUGGCCUGUAAUGUUCGUGUGACUCCUGCAGCGCAUGCAUUUAAAGGCUCAAACGUUUUUCUACACAAGCUGCUGACCAGGAGCCGGAGAAAUCACGCCCACCAUUAUGGUCACAGCCGGGUUGUGGCUGUCGCUGAUAACAGCUGUCGCGGUGGCUUUCAAGCUGCUCUGGCUGCACAUGAGGCGAGGCAGAGCCUGAGCUCACAACUUACUGUCAGUCUGCUCUAAUUGGGAUCCAGUCGGCCAGCGCUUUCUGCUCGUAGGCAUUUAACGUUCCCUGGAAAAGUGAUGCGGCCAAUUAUAAACUUUCUCUGCUUCACACUUCUUAUUCUGCUUUGACGGACGAUGUUUUUUUAUUUUAUUUUUUUCGUUUCUGCCUGCAGUUCAGGUUUUGAUCCCGUGGUAUCGUGUGCUGAAAUGUGGGAGGAUAAAAGAGGUGGUGCAGUCGACCGCUGAGAAGAAACCCCGAUGGAAACGUGGGCUUUUACAAAGGAGAAGGGCUGUGGAGGAAAUACACUCACCAGCCAUGAGGUCAGGCAGUGGUCAGUACCGAUCCAAAGAGGCAGCAGUGAGGGAUGCUAGCUUCAAGCCCUUGAGAGGCGGGAGCAUCAAACUCAGUCAGGCUAGGGGCCAAAAUGUUAGAGCCAGUUGAGGUUGCAGGUCAAAGAAAUUAGGAAGUUAUUGGCAUUAAAUGUGGAAAUGGAAGAUAAUGUCAUACAUCACUUUCAUCGGCAUCCAUUUUUGUUUUAAUUUUCAGAUCAAUUUUGGACAAUUAAGCUUGAACUCUGGACUCAAGGGAGUAGAAAAAAAAUGUUCCUGUAAUAACCAUCGUAAGUGUUCCACCAUUUGUAAUUAUUGGAGAACUCAGUAUUUGAGUGGGAUAUCAUUUAUUAUAUAACGAGAUUUCAGAAGUGUGUACGGAAACAUUGACAGCCCUGUGGGCCACGCAGGGCCCUUGGAGCAGCAGGUCGGUGACCUCGGCCUUGAUUUUGACACAUGAGAGUGAUGUAACCGUGGUGCUUGAAGUCUGGGUUGCUGCCAGCACUGUUUACUUUUGGACCCACUGCUGUCUCAUGAAGAAAAGUGAAACUACACGUCCGACUCCUUGUCACAAGAACCGUCCAGAGGAACGCUUCUUCGCUUGACAAGUCUUAUUAAAGAACAAUGUGUCUUGACAGUGAAGUCUCUGGGAGAGGAGCAAAUAUUAUUCUGAUGCAGUAGAACUGCUCCCCACGUCCCUUUGGCUCAAUUAUCCCUGGUAAACACUCACAUCCUGGUCUCCCUUGGCUACGUUGAAAAGACUCAGCCAAGUGGGGCCUGAAGGACUUUGGGAUUUCAGCUGAAGCCUGGGAACGCUCAGACCGUCGCUGACUUAACCUCCAAAGCAUGGUCUUCUGCUGCUUAUGUUGCCUUAAGUGUUGCUCUUUGUGAUCUGAGCUGUUAUUGCGUCGUCGCUGUUGACAUUGUUAUUCACAGGUGUUUUUGUACACAGGUGUGUUAUCAAUAAAUAACUUCACUUGAAGUACUGUU